UCUUCCUGCUCAGUUGGUUCUUCCCUCUCUUCUCACUCUCGCCAGCAUUUAAACAUCAAAAUAUCAGAAAUCUUGACUUAAUUUUAGGACAGAAACUACAACCUUCAAAAGCAACUUAAAAAAAUAGAGUGGGAAUAAAAAAGAAAAACAAAUUUCAUUGGAUUUCUUCUCUGUUUUUCCGGUGGGGGCAUUUUUUUGUGUGUGUAUUUUUAGACCUGCAAUGAUCCAAGCUUAAGACAACUGUCGCACACUUUUUGCUGCCGGAUUUGAGCAUUGCCUUCUCACAAUCAAGUGGGGCCAAAAAGGAUUUAACAAAGGAGUUUGAUGUGUGUUUCUAUGGUAACACUGCAUUUCCAGAACCUCUGAAGGACCAAAGGUUAUCAGUGAACAUCCAGCAAUCUCAAAGACUAAGUGCUUUUCAGCAAUGAGCAGUCAAACCGAUGGUGGGGAGGAGGCCCCUUCAUCCCGGUCCAAUCAGAGGACAUUUUUGGACGAUGUCAUUUUAACCUUCAGCUCACCGAUGGCCUGGCUGCUGGUGGUGGCUCUUAUCAUCACAUGGUCAGGAGUGGCUAUCGUUUUAUUUGAUCUGCUUGAUUAUAAGACUCUAGCAGACUACACAUCAUACUGUGACGACCCCGUGUGUCUAUCACCUGGUCUCCCGCCUCCUCCUGCCAUUGCCAAGCGAGUAUUGAAGGCUAGAGGUGGGAUUCGUUCUGUAAAACAAAGCCCUGCUGUGGAUGCCACACCUCAGGAGAGCUCUGACUGGUUGGAGAUGAUAUGGGCAUUUGUUGUUGGUUUGGUAGCUCCAGAUGAGGAAGAGGAAGGUAUUCACCAGCUUACUGAAACCUUCACAUCUUUCCACUCAGAGGAGCUCUGAUGGAGAGGAGGUGGAAAAGAGAAGAAUGAAAAGCAUCCCAAGCUGCCUGGGGAGAGCAGACAGGAGGCGAUUCAGAAGGGCUGAAAGAGAAAGUGUGGAGAGGCAGAAAGAGAGGGAAGAUGUAUAUUACAAUUAUGUCUGUUCUGUCCAUUAUUUCCUGAGAACUGAUCAAUAAAAACACCUAAAU